AUGUUAUAUCUAUUUCCAGUGCCAGAAUCAGUAAAAGAUGAAACAGAGGCUUUGGAGCACUUCACACGAGAGUUCAGAGAAAGAUAUGGAGAAUGUCACCCUGUGUUCUACGUAGGGUCAUUAGAUAACACAAUCAAAGAUGCCCUGCUGUGCAAAGCUACAGAGCGGAAAUUACUAGCCAUCUACCUUCACCACGAUAACAGUAUCCUGGCCAAUGUGUUUUGCUCACAAAUCUUGUGUAGUGAGGGAAUAGUUAACUUUAUGACCACCAAUUUCAUUACCUGGGCAUGGGAUAUGACCCUGGAAACUAAUGCUUCAAGGUUAAUCACUAUGGCAACCCGUCAUUUCGGCAGUGUUGCAGCCAAUCAGAUACGGUCUUACAAACCAGACAAUCUCCCAGUACUGCUCAUCAUAUCUCGUGCUAGGGCUACAAAUGAAGUUGUGGAUGUUAUCAGAGGAGAUGUUACUGUAGAUGAGCUGAUGUCUAAACUCCUUAGUUGCCAUGAUGGUUUCACUCAGCAGCAACAGAAAGACAUCGUUGAGGAGGCUGAACGAGAUGCACGGGAAAGUAUUCGAACACAGCAGGAUGUAGCGUACCAGGAGUCAUUGGAGGUUGACAGGAAAAAGCGCGAGGCCAAGGAGGCUGAAGAGCGUGAACUUGCGGAGAUACAGCAGCGAGAACUGAUGAGACAGGCUGAGGAGGAGAGUAAGCGUAUGGAGGAAGAGGCACUCAAACAGGCAAUAGAAGAAUCUUUGGCACGAGAAAUUCCUGAUGAACCCCCAGAGGGCUGUAAAGAGGUCACGUGCAUGCUGAGAAUACGUGCACCUGAGCAAGAAAUGUUGAUGCGCAAGUUCUAUGGCAAAAACAAGCUACAAGUCGUCAUAAACUACAUCACAUCGAAAGGUUUCCAUCUAUCAGAGUAUAAGCUGUUGACAACAUUUCCACGUAGAGAUUUAUCAAGUGAAGAUAUCACAAGAACUUUAGAAGACCUGAGAUUGUGUCCACAAGAGACUUUGAUCUUGGAAGAGAGAACAUAAAAAUUGUAGAAUUAGUUAGUGUUUGUGUCACUGAGUAUCAUUGUAAAUCAUUAGGUGUGUUUAGAGGUCUGCUAAUGUUUACCAUUGCUCAGUAUGGUGCCCCGGUGGUACCAAUAUUCCCUUAAGUCUGGCUUCAAUGCUGUAGAUUGUUAAAACUUUGUUAGGGUUUUAUUUUCUGGUGCUACCAAUAAUCCGAUAAGUCAUGGCUUCAAAGCUGUAGAUUGUUAAAACUUUGUGAGGGUUUUAUUUUUCCGGUUGUACUACCGAUAAUAUUCCAGUGAGUCGUGGCUUCAGUGCUGUAUAUUUUUUUGUGAGGGUUUAAUUUUUCCGGGGGUACCAAUACGACAAGUCAUGGCCUAAGUGCUGUAGAUCGUGUUAACUUUUGUGAGCGUUUAAAGCUGCACUCUCACAGUUUGAACAUUUUGACAAUUUUUUUUUAUUUUUUGUCUAGGAACGAGCCAAUUUUUGUGAAAAUCCAUGGAAUCCAGCUUCUUAAGACUGCUGACAAAAAUUAAGAUCACAGAUUUUUAUAUUUAAGUUAAGAAACUGAUGUUUUAUGCAUUUUUCUUAAACCGUUAGUAACGGUUAAUUUUAACUUAAUUUUUUAUCAGAAAUAUAAGAAUCUGUGAUCUGAUCUUUUGUCAGCAAUGUUUUAUCAAUAUUUGCAAAUAUUAACGCAAAAAAUUGCUCUUUCCAAGACAAAAAUAAAAAAGUUGUAAAAAUGAUAAAACUGUGAGAGUGCAGCUUUAAGUUUUCAAUGAAGUUCAUGAAUAAAAAUCUAGCAAAUAUUCAUUUAUUGAUGAUUGCCCAUGACUAAUGUCAUCAAGAAUUUUAAAUGUUACAAUGGAAACGGCAGGGACAAGCCUUGAUUAAAAGAACGAGGCAAAUUAAAAAGAUCUACGGUUUUAUAAUGUGGUGAAUUAGAUUAUCCCUUAUAACCCAUGGUAAGUAAUGGCAGAACUCUGAACACAUCAAUUAAAUGUGAUUGUGUCGUAAAAAUGAUUAAGUAUACAGCAUAGACUGUCUAAACAAUCACAAUGUCAUUGAGGGAGAGAUAAUGUGUUACAUUACACUCAUUGGUGAAAAUUUAUGGACGAUCGUGGCUAUUUACAUGCUCGUACAUUACAUUGUUUUGUUAAGCUCUGAUAUUAAUUCUAUGUUUAAAAAGUGAUAAUGUCGAGUAUGGAAAAUAGAAUGUCAGUUCUCUUUCAUGUUGAAUUAAAAUAAUGUAGAUUGUUUUCAUUUUGUUUGGUCCUUUUUUACGAAUUAAGUUCAGUUUAAAGAUACAUUCUCACAGAUUGGCCAUUUUGACAUUUUUUUAUUUUUUUUCUUGAAAUGAGCAACAUUUGGCGUAAAUGUCUAAAUAACCAGUAAUACAAGAUUGCUGACAAAAGAUCGGAUCGUUUUUCAUAUUUACGUUCAGAAAUUGAUGUUUAAUAGCUAUAAGCGUUACUAUCGCUUUAAGAAGAAUCAUUUUUUGGCACUGUUUUCUAAACAAUUGAGAUCUGUUCUAUUGUGAGUUAUCUUAUAUGACUGAAUUAAAAACAUUGAUACAAAAAUUAGAGACAAAAAUUAAAAAAAAAUGUCAAAACUGUCAAUCUGCUAGAGUGCAGCUUUAAAAUCAAAUGUCCCAAAGCCAUUGUUUUAUGUUGGCAAAUUUCUGAAAAAUGACCUUUUAACUUAAUUUGAAUUUGUGGCCUUAAAUGAUUUGUAAAAAUCAUGAUUAUUAAACACACCAUUCACAAAAUUCAACCAAUGUACAAUUGUUUAAAUGAUGUUUUCUUUUCUGUAAAUCUAUGGCCAGUUAAAAUCGACAAAUUCAUUUCUGUUUGUUUUGAAUCUUCAACUCCGACAUAGAAAAGAUAUAUUCACAUUUCUUUCAAUUUUCUGAAAGAAAUCAUCAGGGUUGAACAAAUACCUUGAUUAUUCACAUGGAAAGCAAACUAACUACUUUCCCAUGUUCUUGUACAUAAAAAUCAGUGAUGAUCUUUAUUAUGUGAAAUUUGUAAUAUUUCAAUGCAAUUAUUAUGAAAUGAAAUAGUCUCGUUUUUUCAUAAACAAAUAGUUCAAAUGUUAAGACCACUUAAAUCCACAAUAGCAUUAGAUUAGCUAGUUAUUGGGCAGUUUGUUCAAAAUUUUGUUAAAGUUAACAACAUGAUUUAUGACAUCGUUGUUAACUUGUUAAAUGUAAAAUAUUUCAUGGUGUGCUCAUAUUUUUAAAUAAAACUUGUACUGCUAAAACAGUUAUCUUCAGUAUUGCGAAUCAGAAGUUUAUCCAUGAGAAUCACGGAGCUUCGAAAGGUUUGAAAGUUAACGACGAUGAUGUUAACAAAGUUGUGAACAGUCAGCCCAUUGAGUGAUAACGGAUAAUUUAUUUUGUUGUAUUUUUUGUUGUGUUACCUUGUUAUCCAAUAUUGGAUUUGUUAGUUAUUAACAGUGCCCUGUAAAUAGAACCCGUAAGCGAUGGAAACCCCCCGUUAUGAUAGCCAAGUUCCAUGCAUUUAACAAUUGUCAUGAUGCUUUAACGGAUUAAGACCGUACUUGAUAAUAUCCUUUUUUGUUUAACAAAAAUAUACUGAAUCUAACACCAGGCUUCACUUUUUGUUCAAGUUUAUCAAAUGACCAUAAAUCUCUCGAUCAGUUUAAAAGUUAUGAAUAUUUAUAAUAUAUCAUGGUGGCUUCGGCAUCAUGUCAGGUCACUUUGACCUAUUGGAACUCACUUUUAGAUUCCCAUUUGCCAGUAUUUUGUAAAAGCUCUAAGUGAAGAUUUUUUUUGCAUUAAUGCAUGCAAUUAGUGAAAUACAUUUACAUGGUAUUGCUGAAAACUUCCCUAGACUAAUGGCUGAUUUCUUUUCUCAAUGAUGCGCCGUAUCUCAGGACUUGAAUGCAAAUACAGCUUAUCUUUGUUUGAUGAUAAGUAUGUGGCUGUUGUGUAGACAGACCUUACCACAUAAAAACCUUUCUUAAAGCUGUACUCUCACAGUUGAACUUUUUUUUGUCCUGGAAAGAGCCAAUUUUGUGCGUAAAUGUCUGGAAACUAGUGAUACAAGACUGCUAACAAAAUAUCAUAUCGCAGUGUUUCAGAUUUACAUUCGAAAAUUGAUGUUUUAUUGCUAAAAGCAUUACUGGUACUAAGGAAAGAAAUGAAAUUUACGGCAGCUUUCCAAAAAUUGUGAUCAGUUAUCUUAUAUGAACGAAUUGAAGGCAUUGAUGAGACAAAAACUAAAAAAACGUCAAAACUGUCAGUCUGUGAGAGUGCAGCUUUAAGCAAUGACUUGAUUUUCAAAAGUCCUUUGAUUGAAAAUGGAAUAAGUUCACCAAUAGAAAAAGAGCAGGAAAGGUAAUACUAGGGUCUAGAAAGUCCAUUAGGCUUAUCAGUAAAGAAGCUGGCUAUAAUUGUACCUAGUCAAGAAAGAAAAUAACGAAACUUGGUCUACUCUUUGAGAUUUCACUUCUUAAAAUGCUUAGUUUGAAGUCACUAUAUUGAUGAUGUUAUUUCUUGAUGAAUAUGUGAUUUGUAUGUGUGUUCAUUCAAUGCAGAUCUUUUGUAUGUCUCAUUUCAUUUACGAAAAUGUAAACGCCAUGAAAUGUGUAUUAAUACUAGACCUUUUUAUAAUAAAAUUGUUGAAGC